UCUCUCCAGAGGCAGUUGGAUUUUUGUCAGCUGUUGGGGUGUUUAUUAUCUUGAUGCUGCUCCUUUUUCUCUAUAUUAAUAAGAAGUUCUGUUUUGAAAAUGUUGGCGGGUUUCCAGAUCUUGGUUCAGGAUACAGUACAAGGAAGAACUCACAAGAUAAAAUUUAUAAUUCCUACAUGGAUAAAGAUGAGCAUGGUUCAUCCUCUGAAAGUGAAGAUGAAGCACUGGGUAAAUAUCACGAGGCCUUGUCCAGAACCCACAAUUCCAGACUACCAUUGGCAGAUUCAAGACAAAAGAACUAUGCUUGGGAAACAAGACAAAAAUACAGUCCUCUGUCUGCGGAGUAUGAUGGCUACAGUAGCGAAGCAUCCAUAGAUGAAGGAAACUGCAUUCAGAGAAUGAGAAGAACACCCCCACUGGAUGAAUUGCAGCCACCACCAUAUCAGGAUGACAGUGGUUCUCCCCAUCUCUCAUGUACGCCCUCAGAAAUUGGGGACAGUAAAUGUGAAUUUUCCCACUGCAGCAACAGUCCAAGAUGCUCAUAUAACAAGUGCCCAAGUGAAGGAAGCAUAGGUCGUGAAAUAGAAAGUUUUCCUAAUAAAGGAUAUGAAGAAGAUGUUCCAAGCGACAGCACCGCAGUCCUGAGCCCAGAAGAUAUGUCAGCUCAAGGAUCAUCAUCACAGCUUCCUAAACCUUUUGAUCCUGAGCCAGAAGCUAAAUACGGCACACUGGAUGUGACUUUUGACUAUGACUCCCAAGAACAGAAGCUUCUGGUAACAGUGACAGCUGUCACAGAUAUCCCAACACAUAACAGGACAGGUGGCAACUCAUGGCAAGUACACCUUGUUCUUCUACCUAUAAAGAAACAGAGAGCAAAAACCAGCAUCCAGAGAGGACCAUGCCCUGUCUUCACAGAAACAUUCAAAUUUAAUCACGUUGAAUCUGAGAUGAUUGGAAAUUAUGCAGUUCGGUUUAGACUAUAUGGUGUACAUCGCAUGAAAAAAGAAAAGAUUGUGGGGGAAAAGAUUUUUUAUUUAACAAAAUUGAAUCUUCAAGGGAAAAUGUCAUUACCUGUGAUAUUGGAACCUUCUUACAAUCAUUCUGGCUGUGACUCCCAAAUGAGUGUGUCAGAAAUGUCCUGUAGUGAAAGUACAUCCUCAUGUCAGUCUCUUGAACAUGGCUCAGUUCCAGAAAUUCUCAUUGGCCUGCUUUAUAAUGCCACAACUGGAAGACUAUCAGCAGAAGUGAUAAAAGGCAGCCACUUCAAAAACUUGGCAGCAAACAGACCACCCAAUACAUAUGUUAAAUUAACUCUACUGAAUUCCAUGGGUCAAGAGAUGUCCAAAUGCAAGACAUCCAUCCGCAGAGGGCAGCCUAAUCCAGUAUACAAGGAAACUUUUGUUUUUCAAGUGGCCCUAUUUCAACUUUCUGAUGUGACACUCAUACUGUCUGUGUAUAACAAACGCAGCAUGAAAAGAAAAGAGAUGAUAGGCUGGAUUUCUUUAGGUCUGAACAGCUCUGGAGAAGAGGAGCUCAAUCACUGGACUGAAAUGAAAGAGUCGAAAGGACAGCAAGUGUGUAGAUGGCAUGCGUUACUAGAGUCAUGAUGAAUAGGGUAACCGAGCGAUUACAAUCCAAGGCAGCAUUAUCUCUGAUUGCAGCAUUACUGUUUUUACCUAGUCACCAUUAGAAGAGCUGUUCUUUGAAGCAUCAUCCUCAACAUUCUACCAGAAUGCGUUAAGGUCUGCGGAAAGAGUGCAUAAUACUGACACAAAUGAAGAAAAGAUGUGUCUCUGGUAGAGCCUGUUUGGGAAAUGAGACACUUCAUCAUUAUUGUUAACAGUCCUCCAGAGCUUUAAGAACAUACUUUUGGUUUGAAGUUAAGUUUACUUUAGCAAAAGAGCCAGUAAUUUCAUGGGAAAAAAAAUCAAAACUAUAAGUGAUUUUUUUAAAUCUGAAUUUUUAGUUGCAAUGCUGUUUUAGGAUCACCCUCAAUGUUAACCAGGAAACACAUAUUUUGACUGGCUCAUCCCUGGUGUUGGAAGUGUUCUUUAAGCUGAAAAAGUAGGUCUGCAGCUCUAUCAUGAGGCAUAUCUAAUGGUGAAGGAUUUCAAUUACAUAGAAAAUUGUUUUAUUUCAGAUAUUUUCCCUUUGUGCACUUAGUUUCAUUGUGCCUCAGUUCUUCUCAAUAGCACUCAAUCUCAAGUGCAAGCAAGUAUUCAUUUUCAUAAAGGAAUUUUUUUAUAUGUUAUUUAAAAAAAAAAAAAACUCAUUUUCUUCAUUUGCCUCUGCUUUUGCCUGAUCCAAAGAGACCCAGUCACUGGACUGGUCCUUUGCAAGUCUUUUAGACAGGUUGUACUGUAGAACCACGUAACUUUCUGUUGAAAGCACUUCCUGUAUUCUUGUAUUCCAAUGUAGGAAGCUAAUAGAGCAGGACUUUACUUUAAAAUACUUUCAACAAUUGACUCUUUAAAAUUGUAGUAAUGUGAAAAUACAUUUUUUACAAACUAAAAAAAUAGUAGAUAAGCUGUUGAAUACUGAAAACAGUUCAAGUUAAAUAAAAUGUUAAUUAUCUGCUCUGAGAAUGGAAUGACCAACACUGCAUAAAGCAGGUAUAGUUCCAAUAAGAAACUGUUCUCUCUCUAAAUCUUCUUCAGUCUUACUUCGAUUUGUACUUGUGAUCUAAAGACUCUCCAGUUCUGUUUGAAUCAGAACAUCAUGUUAAAAACAGUUCUGAGAUUCCUUAUGAAAUUUCUAGUGACCUGUGACUAGAUUUUAUGAAACUUACAGAUACGUUCUUCAACGUGAUGUCAUCCUGUGCCUUUCAUGUAAGUUACAUUUGCUCAUACAGCUUGAAAGUUGUAUUUGCAAAAUUAGGCCUUCAAUUUUUAUAAAUGUAAAGAUUCCUCAG